UACAAUUCGGCAGGCCCGAUCUCUCGAGUGUCACCAACCUUCCUUCACGACAAUCACCCAACGCUACAAAAGUGAGCGCAACGCAAUCUCGAAGCAGGACUUCCUUCGUCGCACUACCACCGCACAAGCAAACUCCCACAGACACAAACAUGCAGCUUCGAUCCUCUACCACCAGUUGCUCGACACCUCUCAACAUGCUCUUCGCACUCUUGGCAUUCGCCAUCCUCUCUCCACUCGCGGCAGCCCACUCCUGGGUGGAGGAAUACCAGGCCAUCUCCGACAAUGGUACCUUCACCGGCCCACGCGGAUACUCGCGAGGCUACGUUUCUCGAACAGACCCUACCUACAACGGCUUCUCUUUGAUGUGGAUGCUUCCUUCGCUGGAGGCUCGCAACUCUGAUGGUACAGUCCGCAACCGAAUUGACGAUACCGACUUGGUUUGCCACCCUGCGCAAAGGACAUCGAACUACACGACCACCUUCCCCAAGCUCAAGGUCUCUCCUGGUGACUAUGUUGCCAUGAAGUAUCUCGAGAAUGGCCACGUCUCCCUUCCAUGGAACAUUACCGGCAAGCCGUAUGGCGGUGGUUCUGUCUUCGUCUUUGGCACCACCAAGCCUUCCGCUGAAGAGAAGAUUGGAGAUGUCAUGCAGUGGACCAGAGACGGCAAGGGUGGCAACGGCAAUGGCUGGUUGAUGGCUGCUCAAAACUUUGACGAUGGCAGAUGCCACCAGAUCAACUGCGGCAGCAUCUCCCAGGAGCGACAAAUCCUCCAACCUAACCACGUCGCCGGUCAGCCAACCUCCACAGUUGAGUCUUGGUGCGAGAACGAUGUCCUCAUCCCAGAGAACGUCGCUCCUGGCACAUUGACAACCUACUGGGUCUGGGAUUUCGGCACCGAGUCCAACCGCGACUGCAAUACUCCCGCCGGCAAAGACGAGUACUACACCACCUGUGCCGAUUUUGACGUUGUUGAAAAGUCUGAGAUGGUCAAAAUGGCUGCCGCAGAGCCCGUCGGAGCGGCCCCAGUCGCUGAAUCCAACCCACAGACUGCUGCCGUUCCCAACUACAAGAACCGCACUGCCUACAUGACCGCACCUUCAUACAUCCCAGCAGACAAGAACAGCAAGCGAGACGCCACUGCAAGCAUCGAUACCGCUUUCGUCAGCUCUUGCAAUGCUCAAGCCACUGUCAUCUCGGCCAACAGCCUUGGCCUCUGGCCAGAGGUGUAUGUACCAAACACCUGUCAAGUCAUCAGCUCCUUUGGUACAGCCGCUGCGAGCGCUUGGUCCAAGACCUGGGAUGAGGCCGCAGCAAGUUACACCAGUGGCGCAGAGAAUGCCUGGGCGGCUGCUUUCAAGGCUGCUGAUAUGCCAGUGCCAAGUCGAGCUCCUUGGAGCCAGCCACCAAACACUGGUGCUGCUCCUGCUCCGACUGAUGCACCAUCUGCAUACGGAGGCGGAUCUAUAACCGCUACUACCUCUGCGGCCGACGCUGAUACUACUUCUGGUCCUGGACAGCUCACGACCAUUGUCACAGUCGUCACUCUGACUUCGACAAUGCCAGUCAGCCAAGCCACUUCCCCUUCGGCUUACGCUUCCUCAUCUGCAUCCGCAUCCGCAUCAACCUCUGCUGUCGCUUCCUCAGCGCCAUCAGCCUACUCCCCUCCUUCUUCCGCGGCACCUUCCUCGCCAGCAGCCUACUCCACCUCUACCUCCGCAGCGACAAACCCCGUCGCCAUCCCAACCCUGAAGACUGUCUCCGGUUACGCUGCUCCUGCAGCUUCUUCUUCGACCGACGCAGCUCCUGCUGUGCCCACAGUCGCCGCCAACGGUACCGUCUACCAAAGACGUGACCUCACCUCCGGCGGUGUACGAAGAUCUCACCCAAGAAACUUCUUUCCCGCUGGGGGCCACUAGGCGUGGCUUGUUCCGCGCUGGGAAGUAGCCAUCUUGAGAGGUUUGGGAUUUGGAUAAGUAACUAGGUCAGAUCUUGGAAUGAAUGAACUGAAUGAGUUGAGAACUUGUUGAUCCCAGAAAAAUUGAAAGUUCUGUUUUGUUCUUAGCGUUUUCGCAUCAAAAAUUGCAUCUUGAGAGUCUUGGAGCAUGGCGUGGCAUGGCAUGGUGUUUGCAUUUGGGGGCUGGAGGCAUUUUGUUCUUCUUGCGCACCACACCAGAUCUAGAAAGAUACCCCCACAGUUCACGAAAUAUCAGCAGGAUCUGAUCGUGAUUGAUAGAUAGAAGCGAAGAAAGUCGCAUU